GGGAAAAAAAAAAUAGUAGAUUGGUAAAUGCAACUGUGUGGGAAAUUGGGCGAAAAUCGAAAUCCACACUUGACAAUUAACAUCCACCGACGACGACGACGAGUGCCAGAGCUGCAAUUCUUCUCGUCCUCCGGCUCACCUAUUCGUUGCAUUCUCCGAGAUGCUGAUAUGCAGACUUUGAAUUAGGAAAAAAAAAGUCCAAUUUCUCCUUUUUUUUUUAAAGUGGAGAAGAGCUAAGCAAGAGAAAUAAAAAGAAAGAUAAAGAGAUGUUUUCAUUGUUUUAUGGACUUUGGAAAUAUCUGGUCAGUAAGACAGAGUUUCAUGUAUUGAUUCUUGGAAUUGACAAGGCUGGAAAAACAACCUUACUGGAGAAAUUGAAGACACAAUAUUCAAGCUUAGAAGGCCUUCCCCCUGAUCGAAUUGUUCCUACUGUUGGACUCAAUAUUGGUCGAAUAGAAACUUCAAAUACAAAACUUGUGUUUUGGGAUCUUGGAGGUCAGUCUGGUCUUCGUUCAAUUUGGGAGAAAUAUUAUGAGGAAGCACAUGCUGUUAUCUUUGUAGUUGAUGCUUCUUGUCCAUCACGUUUUGAAGAUUCCAAAUCUGCCCUUGAAAAGGUGCUUAGGCAUGAGGAUCUGCAAGGUGCUCCUCUUCUAAUACUAGCCAACAAGCAGGAUCUUGCUGAUGCUGUAUCAGCAGAAGAACUUGCUCAGUAUUUGGACCUUAAGAAAUUAGAUGAAAGAGCUUAUACAUUUGAAGCUGUUUCAGGGUACGAUGGGACUGGAAUAACGGAAACUGUGAACUGGCUAGUAGAUGUUAUGGAAAGAAGCAAGCGGACUGAAAUGUUGAGAGUUCGUGCAGGUGUUGCAAAUAGCAGUGGCGCUUAGAAGACAAAUUAUAUACUUCAUCUUCAUCUCAUCUCUCCUAGAUGAGUUACCUUUUUAACUUCAAAAUUCAUGAGAAUUAUUUAUUUUGUGUAAAAAAAAAAGUAAUAACUAAACUAUGUUAGUAUAGUGAUAUUUUGGAAGAAAAAAAAAAUAACUAGAUGCUAUUUUAUUCUAAAAGUUAAUAGGUUUGAAUC